GGGUUGGCAGAAAGAAAAAGAAAAAAAAAGGAAAGGGAAAAAAGAUCGAGCCACCGUCUCCCACACUCCUGACCCUUCUCUCCCCCCAAAUCGAUCGUCGUGGGGAGCAGUCGCACGCGGUGAGGCCGGCGCCACUCCCAGACCCCCUCCCCCCACCUCACGACUCCAAAACCCCCCACUCCCCUGCGAAUCCCCCGCCAGAAAUCUCCCGAGCCAUGGCCGCCGCCGUCCGGAGAAACGUCGCUUCCUCGCCCUCCGGAGCCGCCCGUCUUCGCCAAGCCUCGAUGGUGUAGGAGAGGUGCUGGAGAGGGGGCAGGUAAGUGGGAGGGCGGAUGGGGGCGAUUGGAGGCGACGAGUCUGUGCAGUGGGACAAGAUGAAUGGAGCUGAGGUGGUGAAUGGCGGUGGAAGUGGCGCAGGAAGCCUGGAUAGGAUACAAGUGUUAGUGAGGGUGAGGCCGCUGAGUGACAAGGAGAUUGCCAGGGGUGAGCCUGCGGAGUGGGAGUGCAUCAAUGACACCACCAUCAUGUUCCGGAGUACCUUCCCGGAUCGACCCACGGCUCCAACCGCAUACACAUUUGACAGGGUAUUUCAUUCCGAGUGCAGUACGAAAGAAGUCUACCAGGAAGGGGUUAAGGAAGUUGCUCUCUCUGUAGUUGGUGGCAUUAACUCAAGUGUUUUUGCGUACGGGCAAACAAGUAGUGGGAAGACAUUCACUAUGACUGGAGUGACAGAAUGCACAGUAGCAGAUAUAUAUGAUUAUAUUAACAAGCAUGAGGAGAGAGCAUUUGUGUUGAAAUUCUCAGCAAUUGAAAUAUAUAAUGAAGUUGUUAGGGAUCUUCUGAGUGCAGAAAAUACUCCUCUUAGACUUUGGGAUGAUGCAGAGAAAGGCACCUACGUGGAGAAUCUUACGGAGGUUAUAUUAAGGGAUUGGAACCACCUCAAGGGACUUAUUUCUGUUUGCGAAGCUCAAAGGAGAACCGGGGAGACCUUCUUAAAUGAAAAAAGCUCCAGAUCCCAUCAAAUACUUAAAUUGACUGUUGAAAGUUCUGCUCGUGAAUUCUUAGGAAAGGACAAGUCAACCACCCUUGUGGCUAGUGUGAACUUUGUUGAUCUGGCAGGAAGUGAGCGUGCAUCUCAGGCUAUGUCAGCUGGCACAAGGCUGAAAGAAGGUUGCCACAUCAAUAAAAGUUUGCUUUCCCUUGGCACCGUCAUUAGGAAGCUAAGCAUGGGGAGUAAUGUGCACGUACCAUAUAGAGAUUCCAAGCUUACACGCAUAUUACAACCUUCUUUGGGAGGCAAUGCAAGAACCGCGAUUAUUUGCACACUCAGCCCUGCAACAAGUCACAUUGAGCAAUCAAGGAAUACACUGUUUUUCGGGAGUUGUGCAAAGGACGUAGUUACAAAUGCUCAGGUUAAUGUGGUCAUGUCUGAUAAAACACUAGUUAAGCAUUUGCAAAAGGAAGUUGCCAGACUGGAGAGUGAGUUGCGGCAGCCAGUUUCAAACUCUAGUCUGGAAGCACAGGUGAAGGAAAAGGACAACCAAAUCAGAAAGAUGGAGAAAGAAAUAAAAGAACUGAAGUCGCAACGUGAUUUGGCUCAGUCCAGGUUGCAGGAUUUGCUGCAAGUUGUUGGUGAUCGUGACCCAAAGCACCAGGUCUCAGGAAAGCGUUCAAUCAGAAGUCCUCCGUCUGUUGGAAUGCCCCCAAGCGCUAGCAGAGAUGACAGUUCUCAGAUCUCUCAUGAUGAUUCAGAUCAUUACAAGGAAGUGCGAUGUAUUGAGCCAAAUGAAACGAGAGGAAAUGAACGUUUGUCUAUGUCAGCUGGUGAAAGUACCAGCCCACGAGCUUCAAAUAGGAAUUCUAGCAUGCGUGGUAAUGAUUCAACAGCUUCAGUGAAUUCAAGGAGGCUUGGUGAAACUCCUAUUACCUUGGAGCAACAUUUGGAGAACAUCAGAAGGCCUUUUAUCACUAAAGAUCUAGGAUCUUCAACACGCAACCCAUCAAGUUGUAGAGUAAUUGGUAGAAGCAGGAGCUGUAGAUCACUAACAGGGUCUACUUUACUUGAUGAGAUGGAGAUGGAGGAUUGCACACCAGUAAACAGAAGUUUGGUAAUCUUCCCAGGACGACCUGAAGAGUACCAGAGAAGAGGAUCUGCAUUGAACUACGAUGCAGGGAGUGAGACUCUUUCAAGGGCAGGAUCUGAAAUUAGCACUUCAAAGGGAGCUAGCAAGACAGGUGAUGCAGAAUUUACCGGUAUAGGUGAAUUUGUUGCUGAACUUAAGGAGAUGGCUCAGGUUCAUUAUCAGAAACAGUUAGGUGACCAGAGUGGGAAUGGAAAGAGCAUCGGAUUAGACCCAAUCAUGGAUGCUUUGCAAUCACCUUCUCGAUGGCCAUUGGAAUUCGAGAAGAAACAGCAGGAGAUCAUCGAGCUCUGGCACGCGUGCAGCAUUUCGUUGGUCCACAGGACUUACUUCUUCUUGCUGUUCAAAGGAGAAUCAGCCGACUCGAUUUACAUGGAAGUGGAGCUGCGAAGGCUGUCGUUCCUCAGAGACACCUACUCUAGGGGAAGCACCCCCAGCAAUGUGACCGUAGGCAGCCUCAGCUCUUCCCCCGUCGCGAGCGCCAAGAAGCUUCAGCGCGAGAGGGAGAUGCUGGCGAGGCAGAUGCAGAAGCGGCUGUCCGUGGAGGAGAGGAACCACAUGUACACCAAGUGGAGCGUGUCGCUGGACUCCAAGAGGAGGAAGCUGCAGGUGGCUCGCCGGCUGUGGACGGAGAGCAGGGACCUGGAGCACGUGAGGGAGAGCGCGUCCCUGGUGGCCAAGCUGAUCGGGCUCCAGGAGCCCGGGCAGGUCCUGAGGGAGAUGUUCGGGCUCAGCUUCGCGCCGCAGCAGCCGCCCACCCGGCGGUCCUCCAACGGCUGGAGAUACGGGAUCCCCUCGUUCGGCUGAUUGAUUGAUGAUUGGGGGUCGGUGACGACACGAGGCGAGAUGAUGGCAGGAUGAUGCGGCUGACCAAAAGAUCUUUUUUUUUUCUCUCUGGUGGUUUUGUAUCUUGGGGUGUUGCCUGUUCUGAUUUUCCAUAGGGUAUCAGGACACGCGCAUGCGGGGGGUUUGAUCUUGGUGCAUUCCCUUUGCGUGUAGGACGACCGGUUUGGUGCGCGGUUUCUGAGCAGGCGCCGCCGGUCUGAUUGCUAACAUUAUUAACGUAUCACUGCGUAUCCAGACGCACGCACUUGUGUUAACGUGUUGUUGCAGUUCCCACGUUUUGCACCA